AUGGAAGACAAGUUUGAUGAAGGUCCGCGCAACUACAACGAUGAGUCAAGUGUCGUUGAGUUUGAUGAUCAUGAUGAGGACGAAGAAAAAGAAGAAGGUAAAACUGACGACGACAUGGACUCGAGCGACGAUGACAACGAAGACACCAGGUCUUCGAAGAGCAACAUCAAGAGACACACGCGCACUCAAUCACUUGAGAAAGCUACCGUCAUUCCAAGUCCCAAGCGAAGAACAUACAGAGGUCCGUCGCUUGAGCAUGUGUCAGCGGCUGCAAUGGAUUUUGAAGCAGCCUACAUCGUUGAUUCAGUGGGGGAAACGCCGACUACAUUCAAGUCGGCGAUGGAAUCAAGCGACUCCGGCAAGUGGAAAGUGAUGAACUUUAGACUUCUUGGUCCGAGUGCAAAACGCAAAGUAAAUAUAUAUUUAUAA